UUACGCGACGCGGACGUACCAUGCCGGAGGACCUGACGCGCUAGACCGUUUUUAUCGGACAUCACCAUUCGCCGGUUGGAACGAGGGAAACCAAGUGAUUAGAACGGCAAUCGAGGAAGCCGGGUAGUGGUCGAGCAGAGGCGCGAUGCGUGUGGCAAGGUUGAUGCGCAACCUGAAACGGACCUCCCUGCGAAAGAAGAUCCAACUCGGUGAGCUGAUCGUGAAGCUGCUGUUCGUCGUCUGCUGUGGCAUCAUCACCGUGCUGCUGAUCAUACACAAGUACGAGAAUUUGGAUAACUUUAAGCGGACGCUCUACUACCGGUACAGCGACGAUGGAGGGUUCUUCGCGGUGCCCCGUAACCUGAAUGGCGAGAAGAUCGAUUGGCAUAACUAUGAGCUGAUUGAACAGGAGGCAAACCGGGUUGGACCGGGUGAGCACGGGAAACCGUACCGGUUAACCGGUGCCGAGGAGAAAGCCCUCAACGACAAGCUGUUCAAGGAGAAUGGCUACUCGGCCGUGGUCAGUGAUAUGAUCGCGCUGAACCGCUCCGUACCGGACAUUCGGCACAUCAGCUGCCGGACGAAAGCAUAUCUUCGCGAACUGCCGACCGUCAGCGUGAUCGUGAUCUUCUACAACGAACACUGGAGUGCACUACUGAGGACGGUGUACAGUGUCCUGAAUCGAUCACCGGCCUCGCUCCUGAAAGAGGUGAUCCUCGUCAACGACCACAGUACCAAACCCUUUCUCUGGGCACCGUUGCGUGAGUUUGUGGAGUCAGAAUUAGCUCCGAAGGUACGCUUGAUCGAUUUGCCAGAGCGAUCCGGAUUAAUUCUGGCACGGAUGGCCGGCGCUCGGGAGGCGCGUGGUGACGUACUGAUCGUACUGGACUCGCACACGGAAGUGAACAACAACUGGCUUCCUCCGCUGUUAGAACCGAUUGCAGAGGAUUACCGGACCUGCGUGUGUCCGUUCAUCGACGUGAUCGCACACGAUACGUUCCAGUACCGGGCGCAAGAUGAGGGAAAGAGAGGAGCCUUCGAUUGGAAGUUCUACUACAAACGAUUACCGCUGCUACCGGGUGAUCUGGAUGAUCCGACGAAACCCUUCAACAGUCCGGUGAUGGCCGGUGGACUGUUUGCCAUCAGUGCCAAGUUUUUCUGGGAGCUCGGUGGCUAUGACGAGGGGCUGGACAUCUGGGGUGGUGAGCAGUACGAGCUGAGCUUCAAGAUCUGGCAAUGUGGUGGCCGCCUGGUGGAUGCACCUUGUUCACGCGUUGGCCACGUUUAUCGGGGUUACGCACCGUUCGGGAAUCCCCGUGGCGUGAACUUUGUCGUGCGGAACUUUAAACGAGUGGCCGAGGUGUGGAUGGACGAGUACGCCAAGUUCCUGUACGAACGGAAUCCAUUGUUCGAGAAGACGGAUCCCGGGGAUCUGACAGCUCAGCGAGAACUUCGCGAACGAUUGCAGUGCCGUCCGUUCAAGUGGUUCCUCGAGGAGAUUGCUCCAGAUUUGCUGAUACGCUAUCCGGUGCGUGAACCGCAGCCCUUCGCUUCCGGGCGGGUGCAGAGUGUGGCCGAUCGGCGUCUCUGUCUGGAUUCACUGAACCAUCAGGCGAAGCAACCGAUCGGACUGUACACGUGUGCCAGCAAUCAGACACAUCCGCAGAACAACCAGUUCUUUACGCUCUCGUUCCACCGGGACAUCCGGGUGCGUAGCAACGACAAGUGUUUGGAUGCGAGCCGGUUAAACGAUGAGGUUAUCCUGUUUAGCUGCCACGAAUCGCAGGGCAAUCAGAUGUGGCGAUACGACUACGAAUCAAAGCUGAUUAUCCAUGGCAAGGAGCACAAUGGUCGUUGUCUUGAGGCGGACAUCGUUAAGCGGAAAGUGACCGUUGGUAGCUGUGAUCGGAGCAAUCCUGCGCAACGGUGGGACUGGGGCUACAUUAACUUCAUACACCUACAGAACUGGGAUGUGUACGGUGCAAAGUUCAUAAACUAACUUGAUGUCUGUGUGAACACUAGUGAGCCCCAGUGCUUGUUUCGGAUGAUAUGUUAAGUCAAUAUUGUUGUAAGAUAGUGGUAUUCUACUGUACGAGAUGUAAAAUAUAGAGUAAUGUUGGA